GUACAAAUGUGUACAAAUGGCUUUUCGCUUCACAGAUAAAUUACUUUUGUUUGUUGGCUGUAGUUCUAUAUCCGAGUCCAACUCUAUCUUUUCACAUUGUACGGUUAUUCAAAUGUGAAAAAAAAACAAAAAAACACUUCUUCUUUUUUAAUGUCCCCGCCGGAUAAACCGUGCAGCAGUUUGUAUGUUAAAUGAUUUAAGGUGAUGAUGGAGGAGCAGAGUGAGGACCAAGUUGAGGGAGGAAUGUCUGUGAAAGAUGAAGAGGUGGAAAAAGACAACCUGACAGAUGAAGCUCUUGACGCAGAUGAAGAGGACGACGAGGCUCUUCCUCACUCAGAGAUCCUGGACAUUUUCGAGGAAGGACUUGCGAGACUUGUGCAGGACCCUUUACUUUGUGAUCUGCCCAUCCAGGUGACUCUGGAAGAGGUCAAUUCUCAGAUUGCGUUGGAGUAUGGUCAGGCUAUGACUGUGAGGGUUUUCAAGGCAGAUGGAGAAAUAAUGCCCAUCGUGGUGGUGCAGAACGCCACUGUCCUGGACCUGAAGAAGGCAAUUCGCAGAUUCAUGGAGCUGAAACAACAACGUGAGGGCGGAGUGAAACAUGUCAGCUGGCGGUACGUCUGGAGAACGUUUAGUUUGGUAUUUCAAGGAGAAAAGCUUGAAGAUGACAAGAUGAGGCUGAAAGACUACGGCAUCAGGAACAGAGAUGAAGUGACGUUCAUGAAGAGACUCCGGAAAAAGUGAAAAGUUGACAGCUGACAUUUGUCCAGCAGGAAGAAAAAAAAACCAAAAA